CUUGGUGACAAUGAUUACUGGAAAAAUAAACUAUUGAGUGAUAUCCAAUCCUCGGACAAGGAAAUCAAGCUCAAGGGGCUCAGCCAAACAGCUGGAAUUAAUUAUAGGAUAACUUUGUCAACCCCAAGAACCCUGUCCAAGACCAGCUUUGAGAAACUUUUAUUUUUAACUCCGAUUUCUUUAUGGAUCCAAAAUAUUCACUUUCUCAAAGUGAGAAAGCUCUUUUUUAAUCGAUCUCUCCAAGUAGAAGUGAGUGUUACAUGGCCAUGGCUCUAAUCAAUAAGCUCCAAUCGAGAACUUUGGUCUUAUUCAUUUGGCUGUUUGUCUCUGCACUUGGACAGAACCUGCUAAGUUGUGAAACUACCUCUCCGGAUGCUUCUGGUUACCAGUGCAAUGGAAUUGCAUCGCAGGAUCAGUGUGGGACAUUUGCAAUUAUGCGCACCAAUUCCUACUACUCGUCUCUUUACAACUUGAGCUUCUACUUGGGCAUCAGCCGUUUUGUGCUUGCAGAAGCAAAUGGCUUUUCUGCAGAGACAGAACACCUUCCGAAAGAUCAACCUUUGUUGAUUCCGAUUGAUUGUAAAUGCAAAGGUGGUUUCUCGCAGGCUGAAUUGACAAAAACUACCAUAAAGGGGGAGAGUUUUUAUGGCAUUGCUGAAUCGCUAGAGGGCUUGACAACAUGCAAAGGCAUCCGAGAGAUGAAUCCGGGAGUCUCACCAUGGGGGGGUCUUGGUGAUAAAGUUAAGUUACUGAUCCCACUCAGAUGUGCCUGUCCUUCAUCUGAAGCCAGUUCAAAGACGAGGCUUGUGCUUUCUUAUCCAGUAAGCCAAGCAACCAGCAUCCCAGUAAUUAGCCCUCGGAAGAAAAAGUCCAAAAUGUGGAAGAUUGGUUUAUAUAUUGGACUUAGUGCGGCUGCAGUUGGAGUGAGCAUUGGUAUUGCAGCAGCCUUUGUGUUGAUCCAACUGAAGAAGAAACAAAAUUCCUGCAAGGGAGGAGACGUGGAAUUACAACAGCUCAGUCUCAGCGUAAGAACCACAAGUGACAAGAAAGUUUCAUUUGAGGGAUCUCAGGAUCCUCUUGAUGAUGGUCGGAUCAGAGAUGUCACUCCCCGGAAGAUGCUGGCUGAGACGUAUACUGUUGAGGAGCUGAGAAGAGCAACCGAAGACUUCAGUUCAAGUAAUCACAUUGAGGGAUCUGUCUACCAUGGUCGUCUCAAUGGGAAGAACCUGGCAAUAAAGCGUACACGACCAGAAACAACCUCAAAAAUUGAGCUUGCGCUUUUCCAUUGUGCAAUUCACAGUCACCCCAACAUUCUCAGGCUACUGGGGACAUGUUUGGCCGAGGGCCCAGAUUCUUUUUUGGUCUUUGAGUAUGCCAGAAAUGGGUCCUUGAAAGACUGGCUUCAUGGUGGGUUGGCCAUGAAGAACCAAUUCAUUGCCUCUUGCUAUUGUUUCUUGACAUGGAGUCAGAGGCUAAGGAUCUGUCUUGAUGUAGCCAUGGCCUUACACUACAUGCACCACAUAAUGAACCCAAGCUAUGUUCAUAGAAAUGUAAAGAGUCGGAACAUCUUCUUAGAUGACGAAUUCAAUGCAAAGAUUGGGAACUUUGGCAUGGCAAGAUGCAUUGAAGAGGAUACCGGGGAUCCAAAAUUUAAUUCCGCACACCCCGCCUCUUGGAGUCUGGGGUAUUUGGCUCCCGAAUAUGUUCGCCAAGGCGUUAUUUCUCCAAGCAUUGAUAUCUUCGCUUUCGGGGUGGUUUUGCUGGAGGUCUUAUCUGGUCGAACACCAAUAAUUAGGCCAAAUGAGAAAGGAGAAGGAAGCAUUUGGCUAUCCGAGAAAAUCAAGUCGAUACUGAAGUCAGAAGAAGCGGAUGAGCUAAGGGAAUGGAUGGACAGUGCAUUGGGUGAGAAUUAUUCAUUUGAUGCAGCUGUCACGUUGGCCAAUCUUGCAAGAGCUUGUGUACAGGAAGACCCUUCAUUGAGACCUAGUUCUGGACAAAUUGUUGAGCAAUUAUCAAGAUUGGUGCAACAAUUACCAGAAGGAGAGCAUCUCUUCACGUGUGAAAGCUCUUCCAAGCCUUUAGUGAAGACAUCGGCAAAUGGUAUGUGAAUAGUCCAACUUCUUCUUCUAGCGUGGUUUAAAUUAAUGUUUUUAACCCAAAGGCUUGUGGCCUCUUGAUAAGGUCAGUGGAAUCCUGCAUCUCUCCUACUAAGAGACAGUCCCAAAAAGUGCAGGUUUCUACUCUGUAUCUAAAAUAUUUUCUUUUGUCCUAAAUCGAAUCUGACACAAAAUUGGAAAGCUACAGAGACCGUUCGUCGGUGCAUCUUAUCUAAUAUGUUUUAUGUUGCCAUGCUGCUUUGAAGCAAGCGCUGUGCUGACUAUUUCGGUCAAAAAGAUUAACCUUUUAAACAUCGAGAUAGGUUUUAUAAAAUCUUGUUUAAGCUGAAUGCAUAGCAAGAAAUAUUUCAGGUGCUCUUCGUGGCUCAGCCCACUUUGUUCAUCCACGGAUAAAUAUGCUCUGUUAUUUACAUGCUCUGUAAUUGAAACUUGCUUCGCCAUGUUCAAGCUCAAUAACAACCAAGUUUGAGGUAGACCCAGCUUCAUAAAUUAUAUGAAACUCGAAGAGAAAAGAAAAGAA